CGUUGCAAUUCUCUUCUUCAACUCAUUAAUGAUCGUUUUUCUCUCUUUCUUAAACACCCCCCAAAGCUCGUUUUCCCAUUCCAUUCCAUUCCAUCACCCUCUGUGCAACACAGCUUCUAUUUCACCUUCCCCAGAAAAUACCCUUGGCUUUUUCCCUCACCAGCAUUGUUCCUUUGCUGUUAUUCUAGCUUCAUUAAUCACACACUCACACGCGUAGCGCCAGGUGGAGUAAAACACACUAGCCAAACGGCCAUGCUUUAGAGCUCAAGAACCUUCCCAGCAACCAAAAAAAAAAAAAAACUCCUUUUGCCUCAUCAAGGAAGUUACUAAUUAGUAAAAAACAAAAAUGGCUAUGCUUCUCCUCAUUCCACUGUUCCUAUCAUCCAUUGCACUAUUCACCAUAGCAAGCGCGACAACGUUUUCAACCCAUCCCGGAAUCUGCUACGGCCAGCUCGGAGACAACCUUCCACCGCCGCAAAAAUCAGUCUCCCUCAUCACCUCCCUCCACGCGAAGCGCGUGAAGCUCUACGACGCAAACCCGGCGAUCCUCCACGCGCUACGUGACACGAGCCUGCAAGUCUCCAUCAUGGUCCCCAACGACCUCAUCGUGAACAUCUCCAGGAACCAAUCCCUCUCCGACAAAUGGGUCUCCGACAACGUCGUACCCUACCAUCCCCGCACACUGAUCCGCUACCUCCUGGUGGGCAACGAAGUCACCAGCAGCACCGCCCCCAACGGCACGUGGCCCUACCUGGUCCCCGCCAUGCGCCGCAUCAAGCACUCUCUGAAAUCCCUCGGGAUCCGCAAAGUCAAAGUCGGAACCUCCUCCGCAAUAGACGUUCUGGAAGCCUCGUUCCCUCCCUCGAACGGUGCGUUUCGAAAAGACCUAAGUGCCCCCGUCAUGAAACCCAUGCUAAAGUUCCUCAACAGAACAAAAUCCUUUUUCUUCUUAGACGUCUACCCUUUCUUCUCUUGGUCCGCUGACCCCUUGAAUAUAAACCUCGAUUACGCUUUGUUUCAGUCCAAGAAUUUAACGGUAACGGAUCCGGGUACGGGUCUGGUUUACACCAACCUCUUUGAUCAAAUGGUGGAUGCGGUUUAUUUUGCCAUGAAUAGAUUGGGUUUUCCGGGCGUUCGGAUCUUCAUCGCGGAAACGGGUUGGCCCAAUGGUGGCGACUUGGACCAGAUUGGAGCCAAUAUUUUCAACGCUGCCACUUACAACCGAAACUUCAUAAAGAAGGUUACUAGAAAACCGUGGCUGGGGACACCGGCUCGACCGGGUUCGGCUCUUCCGUCUUUUUUAUUCGCUUUGUUCAAUGAGAAUCAGAAACCGGGUCCGGGCACGGAGCGGCACUUCGGCUUGCUGCACCCUAACGGCUCGAGGGUUUACGACGUCGAUUUGUCCGGGGAGACGCCCGAGGCGGGGUUCCGGCCGCUUCCGGUGCCGGAGAAUAACGAGAAGUUUAAGGGGGAGAUAUGGUGCGUGGCGGCACGUCCGCAUAACGCGACGGCGCUGGCGGCAGCGCUUGCGUACGCGUGCUCGCAGGGAAAUGGCACGUGCGAUCCGAUCCAACCGAAGGGGAAGUGUUUUAAACCCGAUUCGGUUUUCUGGCACGCGAGCUAUGCUUUUAGCGCUUAUUGGGCGCAGUUUAGGAAGGUUGGUGGUACUUGUUACUUCAAUGGGCUUGCAACUCAAACCGCAAAGGAUCCAAGUUAUGGAUCUUGCAAGUUCCCAAGUGUGACACUUUGAAGGAGGAGAAAUCAAACAAAUCAAGCAAAAUGGAGUUUUCGUUACGCAAUCAUAUGAUGAUUAUUUAAUUUGACUAUAUCGACAUUGGGAAUUCUGAAUUAGGGGAUCCUUUUUACUGUAGGUAGGCUAGUGUUGCUUUCAUUUCAUGAAUGCAUGUUCCUUCUAUAGGUAGCAUCCAAACCCACUAACUAAGGAGGAACAUACAUUGGUGAGUUGAUUUUGAAUACUCCAACCACCGGAUCGCCAUUAUUUAACACCAUGUUGGUAGAAUAAGUGAUAAGGUGCAAUGUUUUCUGUUUGUCAUUUGCACAACUUAUCUUCUUUUCAAUUGGUAAGUAGGAAAUACUAGUUCUUUGCAUGAUCAAUUCUCUGGACCCUGGAUCACCAUUAUUUUGAUGUUAUCUAUAUCAUACUGCUAGAAGUGAUAAGGUGCAAGCAAUGUUUCUAUUUACAAUUUUUGCUCAACUUCAAUCCU